AUGACUACUGUUGUAAACAAAAAUCAUCAUAUCUAUAUUUGUACUAUAGAAUGGAGUGAAUGGGAAACCGAGUUUGAAUACGAAGCAGAAAGAGAGAAAAGCAAAGGAAAAUCAUCAACUGAAGAACCAGAGACGAUUGAAGAAAUCGAGAAGAAGAAAGGUGGAACAAUCCCGAAAAAGACAGUAGAAAUAGAAACAAUCGAAGAGACGAAGAAGAGAGAAGGUGGAACAGUCCCGAGAAAGACAAUAGAAAUAGGUGGGGGUAUUAAGGUACAUGUUGGAGGGAGAAGGCGAUGUGGUGGUGGCAUUAGAAUACGUCGAGGAGGAUGUUGUAGAGUUGGUGGAGGCUGUAGGGCUCGUGGAUGUUGCCGAGUUCGUGCAUGCUGCAGGACUCGCACAUGUCGCCGUGCUGGUGGAUGUUGUCGCGUUGGCGGGUGCUGCCGAGCUCGUUGCUGGAGUGGCAACUUAUAA